ACAGACUAACGCCGACCCAUCCACAGUCGGGAGCAGCUAAUAUUUGAUCUAGGGCCUGUUCUUCAGAGACCACUCAACAUACCCUCACCUCCAUAUACGCUUGCACCCAGCAAGUAAAUAAUGUCACCUCCAAUCCCCCAACCACGCCAACGGACUCGCAGCCAGCCCCUCUUCAAGCCAGCUGUGAUCCUCCAUGGUGGUGCAGGGAACAUCCAACACUCACGUCUCCCUCCAGAGCUAUAUAAGCAAUACCGCACAUCACUCCUCACCUACCUCCGUUCCACCACCGCCCUGCUAAAUGCGGAUAUAGAAGAGGAGGAACCAUCUAUUAAUGCCAAGAAUGAUGCUGUCGAUGACAACAUGCGCAUCUCUCCUGCAAGCGCGCUAAAUGCUGCAGUGCACGCCGUUUCACUCAUGGAAGACAACGAGCUCUUCAACUGCGGCCGCGGUAGCGUGUUUACGUCUGCGGGCACGAUUGAGAUGGAGGCUUCCGUUAUGGUUGCAUCAUUGCUCAACGAUGAGGACAGUGUUGAUGAUUUUAAUAAUAGUGAGGUCAAUUGCUUAGCAUCGGAGAAAACACCAGGAUCUAUAAAGCGCGGGGCCGGCGUGAUGCUUGUUCGCAAUGUGAGGCAUCCGAUUCAGUUGGCAAAAGAAGUGUUGCUUAGGACAGGCUAUGCGAGUGAUGGUGAUGGUGAUGGAGGUAACAUGCACUCGCAGCUUAGUGGAGAGUAUGUUGAAGGUUUGGCGAGAGAUUGGGGGAUGGAGUUUUGUCCGGAUGAUUGGUUUUGGACGAAGAAGAGGUGGGAUGAGCAUCGACGGGGGUUGAAGAAGGGGAAGACAAGAGGAAGGAUGACUGAUGGUAGGAAUAUGGGAGCUGACGUAGAGGUGAGAGGCGAGGGGGAAGCUGAUGAUGGCGAUGGGCUGUAUCUGAGCCAGGGAACAGUUGGGUGUGUCUGUCUCGAUCGUUGGGGUAAUAUUGCUGUCGCAACUAGUACGGGUGGUUUGACGAAUAAAUGCCCUGGUCGGAUUGGGGAUACUCCAACAUUGGGAGCGGGAUUCUGGGCGGAGGCGUGGGAUGUUGAAGGGGUGGAGGGGCUAUCAAAUAUGAGUGACAGCUCUAAUAGUGUGUGCGCUAGUGGCAGGGAUAGGUCGAAAGGCUGUAUCCAACUGAAAAGGGACACGAUGAAUUAUCAAACCCAAGAUGGGCGUGACAAUCUGCUUGCAUAUCAAGCUAGCUCUUCUACCACUACCACCACUUCUUCGUAUCGGAUGGGAUCCCAAUGGCGAUCUGAUUUCGAUUCAAAUAGCGCCUUCACUUUAAUCCGCGACUGUUUCUCUUCUUCCCCACCCCCACCAGGAUAUGCCGCUUUAGAACCAUCUAAGUAUCCUGUUGAAAAGUUUCCACUGGGAAAAUCCACUUCCAGCCCGCACACAGACUUCAACCCUCAUCGCUACAGUCAACCUCAACGCCGACGAAUCCUUGCCCUUUCAGGUACAGGGAACGGUGACUCUUUCCUCCGCACAGCUGCCACACGCACUGCAGCUGCGAUGGUCCGCUUUGGAUCUGCUCAAAACUCUAUCUCGCUGGCACAGGCAGUCACUGCUGUCGCAGGGCCCGGUGGGGAGCUCCAGCGUUCGGCGGGGAGGCGGUGGGGGAAGACUGGAGAGGGGGAGGGAGGAAUUAUUGGGAUUGAAGCAGAGGUGGAAACCGAUGAGCAGACAUUGGGCGAAGGAAAGUUGCGGAGGGGAAAAGUCGUGUUUGAUUUUAAUUCAACGGGGAUGUUUCGGGCUUGGAUGGAGGAGAAGGAUGGGAAAGACGUGGAGAGGAUGAUGGUGUUUCGGGAUGACUAUGAGUGAUUUUAUGACUGGAUGGGUGUGUGCAUGCAUGAGGAGCAAUAUGGAAUAUACUUGUCCUUCGUGGUCCAUCAUAUUGGAUUCAUGAAACGAGAAAUGCCCGCCAUGUUCUGCUAAUCGCUACAUCCACGACGCUUGAACUAUUAAGAAGGAAAAAGAAAUUCACAUUCUUCUUCCUCGAUCUCGAUCUCCGCCACUAUGGGUUUAUGAACGCAAAAAAUUCAUUCGGAACUGAACUUCUGCUAAACGGCAUUGCCGUGUUAUCUCUGCUGUCGGUGGGUCGCAACACAGGCGUAUCGUCUUGAAAAUAAAUGGCAAUGGGGAUAUAAAGGAAGCGCAGAAGCCAAGGAAUUUUUCACUUUAUCAACUGCCCCAACUACAUACAUGAGAUGGCUCCAAAACCGGUCCAGCAUCCCUUGCGAACAGGUUUUCCCUCCUGACAGGGCUGCUGAAAGCAUCAGUUUGGUUUCCACUCCGUACAGCCAUCCCAUUCUAGCAGAUAUUGACUCUACUUGAAGUGCCUUGCAUAGUGGCCAUUCAUCCUCGACUUCUUCUCGGUGUGGUUGGCCCGCCAAAUUCCAUGUCCCAUCUCGUUGUGGGCGGACUAAACAGUAGUGUCGGAUAUAUUGGAAAUUGUCAUGGAUGAGGCGGCUCUGUCGGCUCUGCUACCUUGUAUGUACCAGAGUUAGGGAGGGACAUGAUGCAGCCUCAAGUCUUAAACGCACCUUGCGGAAGUCGACAACGGGCGAACUAUCCUUAGCGAUGGCAUUAACUCACCCCGCGUAAAGCCAUGCUGACCAUCCAUAUCUCUCCUCUGAGGUAACCUGACGUCCUAUGCAUAUCAGGGAUAUAAACCAAUAUCAAUAUCACUAACGAAGGUGUGGAGCCGCAAGUCUGCUGCUCAGUUUCCUAUCAGGUCUUCAGAGUGAAGUGCCACGUCCCCAUAAGGCUUUAUCGUAUGCCUUUGCGCUCGUCCAGUUCUAGCAGAUUGGGCGAUUCAUUGGGCGAUGGCGAUGUUUUUGGGCAUCUCGGAUGGAGGUUGAGGCAAUGUGGAAUGCAUACUAACAUGUAACAUGUACAUUUUGUGCGCUAUCGCGCAUAUAACCAGACAGAAUGUCCAAGCCUACAAUUCUGCCGCCUUCGCCACGGCCCGAAGUGAGAUAAAUUCAAAUCAACAUUGAAGGAUUGGAAAUUACGCUCGGUAAACCUGACUUUUUGCACACGACCAAGAGUCCACCUUUUGUCUUAAAGAUUGAGAGUGUACGCUAUGAUACAUACAACAUAACCGUCACAUCAGAGUAACUCAAUUCCUUUACAGAAUAUUAAGAGGGAAAUUUCACACCGCCUAUCCGUACGGGUAGUCAGGUAUUUAAAGUCUUAUUUAAAAUUAUACGCUAUAGCAGCCGCCAGCUGAUUGUUGAAAUGCUACGGCUCAAUUUCUAAUGCUCAGAUACUCAGUGAUAUAGAUCUAGAGAACUCUGAAAUACAUGUAGUAGAUCUCUGCCGUACGAUCCCGAAUUCACAACUACCCCAUCCUCGGGCACUCCGAGAGGCCCAUGCCUGAUCCUAAGCUCCUUUCCUGGAUCCAACAACUCCAUUUCAAAUCUCCAAACCGUAACCGCCACCAAACAGGCCAACUCUGCCUGUCCAAAUGCUGCUCCGAUACAGCUCCGCGGUCCAUGAAAAAGUGUAACAAAUACAUAGUUGCUAGUUGCUCCGCCUGAAUUGGCAUUUCCAGGGCCCAUCCAGCGCUCUGGAUUAAAUAUUCCCGCAUCUGGUCCCCACAGUUCGGGAUCGUGGUCCGUGACUGCAGGUGAAAUAGAAAUGAUGGUUCACUUUGGAAUGAAAGUGUCAACACCGUGUCUCUGACCGCCUCACGUUGUAAAUAGGGAGAGGGGGGUAGAAGAGGAGUGUUUCAUUGCAAACAGCAUGUAUUUAGGGGAGGGAGUCAAUGAGGGAGGCGGAAAUAGGUGCCGGGGAGUCAAAUGAAAUCGAUGGCGGGGAGGACCGAACUUCUUCUCGAAGGCGAGUUUGGAUUGCAGGAUACUUGCAGAGGGCAUAAAUAACAGGUUGAAAAGUAGCAGAUGUUGACUGAUGCCCGGCAGCAAGAAACGUCAUGAUUUGGUGGAUAAAUUCCCCACUUUCCAUCGCAACAGAAAUUAUAUCUAUGUAUCCAGCUUCUUUAUUCUCUAUCUUCUGCUGCUUAUCGUGGAGAAGGCGUUCGCAGAAGUUUCAGACGUAUCGACCACCUUCUUGAACAUCGCGGUUGUGUUUUAUUGGUAAGCGGGUGAAAAGUCUUGGGCUAAUACGAGAGAAAAAAAACUGGGCAAACAAUGUGAAAGUUGAUACCAGUGGGAAAAUCUUUCCACAUUCGAUACUAAGCCUGCUUGUCGG